AUGGGAGACACAAAGGAGGGCGUAUGCCUCAUCCACAGCGGCGCCGGUGAAAACCACAGGAUAUGGCGGGGCCAUGCCACCUUCUCCCGCCAAAGCAACCAAGAUGACUACACCCACGAAGACAACUUCUCUCAGAAAGCCUCAGUCCCCCCUCUCGUUCCCGCGCAAACACCCACCUCGAAAGCCACAACCGUCCCCACACUGCGAGCGAAAGAGAAACUGAACCCACCACCGUUCACAUACGCCCCCGAUAUAUCUGUUCCCGCACGAACACCAGACCAGAACGUCGUCAAGUGGCUAUAUCGCGCCGGUCGCGCAUACCUUACUUUCUACAAAACGGGCAUAUCGCAUGUCCGGCAAACAUCCAAACUUGCAAAGACGCUGCGCCAAAAGGCCGCUCAAACACCCAACAAAGAUAUAACCGAGGUUUUGUCAAGGGCGGAAUGGCAGAUUGUGCAAAGGAGUAGGCUAGACACUUUGAGAUUGCCAGCGUUCGGCUUCUUGGUCUUGUUACUUGGAGAGUGGUUACCACUCGUUGUUAUGUACAUCACGCCCGUCAUUCCAGAGGCAUGCCGGAUACCCCAGCAGGUCCAGCGCGCGUUACGCAAGCGCGAAGACAAGCGACAAGACCGGCUAAGAAGGAUUGCUCUAGACGCCAUGCGACUGAUGAGCAGGGAUCGACCACCUAUUGGCAGCACAUCUUCUGACACGCCUUCUGUAACCCUGCCAAAGAGUGGACAAGUCAUGCCAGUCACCACGAAGAACUGGAACGAGAUGACACUCUUUGAACUCUCGCUUACCGCCGCACAACUCGACUGCUAUCCGGCGCUGUUCGACUGGCUUCCUGUCACAGCCCCCAAGUUCCUGUUGCAGCGCAAUGUCAGGAAGAAGUUGGAGUAUUUGAAGACGGACGACAAGUUGAUUGAACGCGAUGGCGGAUGGGCAGCUCUCGGGAAGCAAGAGCUCGAGAGAGCUUGUGUAGAUAGAGGUCUGCCUGUGCUUGGGAAGAGGGAGGAUGAACUGAGGAAGGCGCUGGCGAAACUCGAGGGCUGA